UUUAAUACAGUAAGAUGUAUUCAUUGUUGAUAAUUUUCGUAAACCUUAAAUUUUAACCUAAAAAAUGGAAAGGUUGGUGAAAGUAUGGCAGGUUGGAAAAAUAAGCUACUCAAACGGUCUAAAAUUACAGAAACAUUUAGCUAAUCUACACAAUGGACAUUUCUUGUGCAAUACUCUUCUGUGUUUAGAGCAUCCCCCGGUUUACACAACUGGAAUAAGAACCAAACAGUAUACUGAAUCUGAAGAAAAUACAUUAAAGACUAAAGGUGCCGAGUUUCACAGAACCAACAGAGGAGGUUUGAUAACAUUUCACGGUCCUGGGCAACUAGUGGUGUAUCCCAUAAUAAAUUUAAAGCAUUUCAAACCUAGCGUUAGGUGGUACGUCUGUAGCAUCGAGAAAACCAUAAUAAAACUCUGCAAUGCGUUUAAUUUAGAAGCCCAAACAUCUCCACACACGGGAGUCUGGAUCAAAGACGAAAAGGUUUGUGCCAUAGGCAUACAUGCUAGUCGAUACGUUACUACCCAUGGACUUGCCCUAAAUUGUAAUACCGACUUGACUUGGUUCGAACAUAUAAUUCCAUGCGGUAUUGAAGGAAAGGGGGUUACAAGUUUAUCGAAGGAACUUAGUCGGGACGUGACGAUUGAGGAAGUUUUGCCUGUAUUUUUAAACAAUUUUAGCGAGGUUUUUAAUUGUAGUUACGUUAAUUUUCCUAAGGAAGAGGCUGAUAGCAUUUUAGAUAUUAUAAAUAAAUAGGACGUUUAUUUUUUACAAAUGUACAUAAAAUUGUAUUAGU